AUGGGCUCAAUAGACCUGGACAAGCCUCGAUAUGACCAAAGCACGUAUUCGGGUCGCGCGAAGCACUUUCUGCUUCUCACCAACCCUCUCAAUAUACUCGCUAGCGACAAGGAGCUCGACGAAGCGAAGAAAAUCGUCAAUGAAUUCAGGAGAACACGUAAAAUGCCGGCCGGUUACGAUGAAGAUAAGCUCUGGGAAAAGAAAUACUUGUACGACAGCGCGUUUCAUCCAGAUACCGGCGAGAAAAUGUUCGUUCUUGGCAGGAUGGCGGCGCAGGCUCCAAUGAACACCCUCAUAACUGGUGGCAUGAUCACAUUCUACAAGACCACGCCGGCGACCAUAUUCUGGCAGUGGAUUAAUCAAACGUUCAACGCGGUCGUCAAUUACACGAAUAGAUCGGGAGAUGCACCAAUCAGUACCAAGCAGCUGUUUGCAUCGUAUUGUGCCGCUUGCGGUGGCGCCCUCGGAACAGCACUCUAUCUCAACAGCAAAGUCAAGAAUAUGAAACCUCUGUACGCUCGCUUGGUACCGUUCGCUGCGGUGUGCGGGGCUAACUUUAUCAACAUUCCGAUGAUGAGGAGCAGUGAGCUGCUCAACGGCACGCCCGUGUUCACGGCGGACGGGCAGCGCGUGGGCGAGUCGAAGCGCGCGGCGCGCCUCGGCAUCGGACUCGUCUGCAUCUCCAGGGUCCUGAUGGCGGUGCCCGGGAUGACGCUAACCCCUGUAAUAACCAACAUAGCAACCCGGCGGGGAAUGUUCUGCAAAUACCCGCUAGCGGUGAUACCUUUCCAACUCACGCUCGUCGGCCUGUGUGUCACAUUCGCAACGCCAUUGUGUUGCGCGCUUUUCGAACAAAAGGCUUCGCUCAGUGUUGCCAGCCUCGAACCGGAGCUGCAGGAGGUUGUGAAGAAGAAAUAUCCUAAAGUAAAAGAGGUAUAUUUCAACAAAGGACUAUAA